GUUAGGGUUUAGGAGUGGAUGGAUUCGUCCAGCGGACCGAUCGUUCUCUCCACCUCGUCAUCCGACUCCUCCUCCUCGUCCGAUCGCAGCGCCAGCGCCAGCAGCAGCGAUUCUGAGUCUUCCGCCGUCGAGAUCGUCUCCGGGCCAGCGAAAUCAGCAUUGCCGUUUUCUUUCGCAUCUUGCCGCAAGCGCGGGACGCGCGCUCAAUGCAAGACCUGCUGCCAUUUCAAAUUCAACAAGGCGAGCACCGAGCUCACACCACAGCCGUCUCUCGAAGUUUUCUUCCGCGAUCGCUGGUGGACUGUGGAUUCCAUACGUGAAGAGGAAGCCAGUAGCGGCGCUUACAUUGUCCGCUGUGUGGAAUUCGAGAAGAAGGACGUGAGAAUAGAUUUGCAAUGCAUCAGACUUAGCAGUCGAAGGGCGAGCGACGAAGACUGCAUUCUUCUCAAAGAAGGCGUGGAUGUUUGCGUCUUUGCUCGUCACCCACAGACUAAUGUGAAGGCUUGGCAUGACGCUAACAUUGACAAAGUUCACAAAAGACCACACGACACUAAAUGCGACUGUAGGAUAAUCGUUAAACUGUACAGCAUCGGUGACAAGGUAACAGACUUGACAACACUAAAACACAAACCUGAGACUGUAGGCAUUGCGAGGAUAAAAAUCUUGCAAGCGCCCAACCACAUUGACUUCGAGGAGGUCGUGCAAGCGGCAAUCCGGCCGGGAUUGACGAAACGGGUAUGGUCUCGUGACGUUGGCUCAAUCAAGAGCAAACAUGAUGGAAGCAGAUACGGCCUGGGAAUCCAACGCCACCGUCACCACCACCACGAUCACCACCACAGACAUGGCUGCUACGAGCUCGAAGUAAUUGACGACGACUCCUCCAGCGACGACUUUGAGGCCUUGUUGGACGCAGAGCUUCGCCCGACUGAGGUACUAGACUCGGAUGAAGAGGACUACGUUGACAGACUAAACGAAAGAACGUAUGUGUCACCGAGAAAGCCUGUCCAGGGAGUACGCAGGUCGAAGGAGAAAGCGAAGAAAACCAAGAGGCCUGGGAAUGAACAGACUUUAAGGCACCGAGAGAAAAGCUCGUCUAGAAGGGACUCUUUGAAGGACAAAUCGCCCAGGGUGAAGAAGAAAAGCAAGUCUUUAAAGCGUAAGCGUGAAGAUGACAGGGCCACUCGUGGUGACAGGGCGAGCGCUCACAGAAAGAAAAGUAGAAAAAGGACAGAGACAGACAUUUACACACACUUAGGGGAGGAGAACCUUGAAAAGGAACAAGGAUAUCUAGUAAGCCUGGAAGAUUAUUGGAACAGAAAGCAUGUUAGUUUCGAGCCAGAGCCGACAAUGGAAGAGAAAAUCUUGAGGGAAAUGGAAAUGGUGUUUCCAAGAAAAACUGAAGAAGAUGAGGCACCACGCAUGAGCAGCUUUGACGAUAUAUGUGAGGUACACGACUACGUUUUGAACGAGUUGGUGGGACUUAUUUGCAGUGUAUGUGGAUACGUUGGGAUUCCUAUCGAAGAGAUGGCGCCACAUCCGGACUGGAGCUUCAGGCUGCCGCAGAACGUACUUGAAAAUCCGGAUCCCUUCAUCAGAAGGCCGGAACUCAACGAUCUAAACGACGAUCUGGCUGACGACCCUUACUUUCCCAGUACUGACACAAGAAGAAGCUUACAUGCCCAUCAAAGACGUGCCGUGCGCUUCAUGAAGAGAAACAUCGUGGACGAGGAGGGAGGCUGCAUUCUGGCACACGCCCCUGGCACCGGCAAGACGUUUGCCACGGUUUACUUCUAUUCAAAGUACAAAGAGAUCAUGGCGGGAUGCCGGCUGCUCGUGCUUUGUCCGAAGAUGGUCCAGAACGUAUGGAGAGAAGAGUUUCGGAAAUCCCAGAUGGACACACCAUUCUUCUUGAGCUCUCGGAAGUCAAGGCGGCUAGAGGUCCUCUCACGGUGGCACAGGCAACGGGGCGUGCUGGUGAUGGGCUUCACCUUGUUUAUGAAGAUGAGCUUGAAGAAGGAGUACCGCAGCUACAUGCUCGAGAGCCCGGAGCUGGUGAUCCUGGACGAGGGGCACACGCUGCGAUCGAAUGGGACGCUGCUCAGGAACGCAGUGAUGAAUAUGAAGACCAAGCUGCGGAUACUGCUGUCCGGCACCUUGUUCCAGAACACGUUCGAGGAGCUCUUCAACCUCAUCUUUCUCGCGAGGCCCAACUUCAUCCAGCAGCUCCAGAUGGAGGACCGAGCUCGGAGGUGGUUCAUCAAGGAGAUAGGCAGGAAGUUCGACGACGGUCAUGGCCACAGGGAGAUGCAAGCCGCGCAGAUGAAGCUGGUGAAGAUGACGCAGGGAUUCACGGACCACUACACGGGUGCCAUCCUCACGGAGGUCCUCCCGGGGCUACGGGACUACGAGAUAACCACGGUCAUGACGGAGCUCCAGCACAAGCUGGUGGCCGCAGUGGCGGGCACGCUCGAGAUGGACAUCACCCGGACCAGGAUCUCCAUCCACCCGCUGCUGAGGAGCGCCGAGGCCGCCGGGGGGGACUUCUCCGCCGUGGCGGCGGAGGUGGUGGACGUGCGCGCCAGCAUGAAGACGGCGUUCGUGAUGAAGCUCAUCGAGCUGUGCCAGUGCGCCAACGAGAAGGUGCUCGUGUUUGGCGAGUUCCUGGCGCCAUUCCACCUGCUGCUGCGCAUGCUGGAGCUGGAGCGCGGGUGGUCGCGGGACAAGGAGGUGGUGUUCCUCCACGGGGCGCUGGUGACCGAGGAGCGACACGAACUUAUGGACAGGUUCAACGCGGAGGGGUCCGAGGCGCGCGUGUGCCUGGCGUCCAUCCGAGCCUGCGCCGAGGGGAUCACGCUCGUCGGGGCCUCGAGAGUGGUGCUGCUCCAUCCGGUGUGGAACCCGGCGCAGACCAACCAGGCGAUCAGCCGGGCGUUCCGGCUUGGGCAGAAGCGCAAGGUGUUCGUCUACCGGCUGGUGACGGAGGUGGAGAGAGUGAAGAACUCGCGGACAAAGUGGAAGGACUUUUGCUCCGAGGCCAUCUUCGAGACGGCUGGGAGCGCCGCGCCGAGGCCGCAAGAGCCGGCGUCGCUGAGUGCGGAGGAGAUUUUCAGCGAGGACAAGCUGCUGGCGCAGAUCCACGCCGAGGGGAUGGUGUUGCGGGUGUGUUACAGGGAUCACUUCUUCGAACAGGGGGAGAAUCAAACUCCCGGCUCACAGUGAAUCGUUUCAUCCGAUUUGGGUGACAUAGCUGUCAUUUUCUUUUCUGAUGGUUACCAUUGAUUUUCAAUGAAUGGUCCAAGACAGGAAAUCGCUACCUGAUGGAAAGCUAUUCAUGCACUACACGAACAUCCCAUAGCGAGUUUUUGGGAUAACUACAAUGAGUAUAACGGCGCAAAUACAAAAGAGCUGCUCAACAAGGCGAACAAGAAGUCCCCCACUACAUGAUCCCCUCAAACAUCCAUCCCCAGAUCUAGA